CUGAGAGCUUGCAGUCAGGUCAUUUCACCCGUCCUGAGUAUUCACUUUCUCACACACCUACCGUCUCUUCUUCUACCUCCCGUGUUCCGUCUCGAAAAGGUCCUACCUCAACACCAAUCCCGGAAACCCGACCUAAGCCCGGAAAACCUAAUCACGAAGUUCCACGAGCUUGUUUCUCUCUCGCUCGCAUCUCGCAUUAUCAUUCUCAAACAAGCCGACCCUUCAGCGUCGCUUUCCUCUAGCUCAACUAGUCUUGGAUCGUAAUUCUCGGUCAGCCAGUCCAGUAACCAUGUCGCCCCCUUCUCCCACCCAGGAGUCCAACCCCGACACCAGCAUCAAGCGUAGCUCGGGAUCGUUCCACUCUAGAAAGAGCAGCUCUGACUACCGUCGCUAUAACAACACCGUAAAUCACUGCGGAAGACAUUCUAACGAUUGGUUGUUCAACGGUUUCAGUGUGCGGGACACUGUCCGCGACGGCGUCGACAAGAUGUUUCACCAGGGAGAUAGGAACUGAUCUGCUCAAGUGCUGCUGAUGAACGAGAGAUGCAUCAGCUACUAUCUAUCCUUUGACCAAUUGCGCCUGAUCCGACUGUUGACUCAUCUGUCAUUUAUUGAUUGGACUCGCCUCUGCCCCCGUGCAUAUCCGGAUUUCGCUUGUUUCGAGAA